AUGUUGAGGGUGGGAUGGAGGGGAGGGAGUAAGGAAGAGUUGGCGCUUGGAUUGGACUGGGAGGAUGUUGCGUGGGAGAGGAUGAGCGAGGCGAGGGGUGUGUACGUUCAAGUGAGGGAGUUGUUUGAGGAUACAGAGGAUGAUCGACUACCAAAUACAGAGAUUGACAUGGCAGAGGAUAUAAGACGUGAGACACGAACCCGUCUCCCUUCUCUCCCCUUCCCCCUCUCACUUCCUUCCCCACUACAUCAUCACGCCCAUCGAGCAGCCUCCGCCUGGGCCUCAGCCGUAAAAUCAGCAUCAGCAGCCGUCGUCCCCCCUCCUCUCACCACCCCUCCCCUAGACCCGCUCAAAAUAAUCCAACAAGAACUCCUUCUCUUACGCACGAACAUCACCACCUUGCUCGGAGCUGGUCAUCCGAGUCUGGACAGAGUAGCCAAAUACUACUUCGCCGCAGAAGGAAAACAAGUCCGACCUCUAAUUGUCCUCCUCAUAGCCCAAGCGACUAAUGGCCUCUCACCCGAUUUCCCACGGCUCAAAUGGUUAGGCGAGCGCACUCAGGACAAGUUAGACGAUCCCCUAACAGGAAAAGAGGUGCUAAACGACUACAACCCACACAUGCCCGAGUCCUCUUCCGCCUUCUCAGCUCCAUUCCUCCUCUCCCCUCCCCAUCCCCCAUCAAUCGAACCCCACCCACCCCCGCUCCAAGCGCUCGCCUUCCCUUUCCCGCCCCACAUCCUCCCCACCCAGCGCAGACUCGCAGAAAUCACGGAAAUGAUACACGUCGCCUCCCUCUUACAUGACGACGUUGUCGAUUCCUCCCCCACUCGGAGGAACGCCCCUAGUGCACCGGCAGCGUUUGGGAACAAGCUCUCAGUCCUGGGCGGGGAUUUCUUGCUAGGAAGAGCGAGCGCGGCACUUGCGAGACUAGGGUCGCUCGAAGUUGUGGAGCUCUUGGCGACUGUUAUCUCCAAUCUCGUAGAAGGGGAACUGAUGCAGAUGCGGCCUCUUGCUCUCCCGGACGCGGGCGCAAGUGCAGGUAUGGAGGCAGGCGAACUCUUCCCCCCCGCACAACCCCAAGCGCAGGAACCCCAAGCGCAGGCCCGCCUAAUGGCAUGGCAACACUACAUGCAGAAAACAUACCUCAAGACCGCGAGUCUCAUGGCGAAAAGCGCGAGGGCAGGGGUGAUUCUAGGCGGCGGUGGGAGGUUGGAUGGUGGGAUAGAGGUGAAAGAUGUCGCUUACGCUUUUGGGCGUAAUUUGGGGAUCGCGUUCCAGUUGGUGGAUGAUAUGCUAGACUUUACCUCUUCUGCUGCUACGCUCGGGAAACCGUCAGACGGCGCGGACCUCCGUUUGGGCCUGGCGACUGCGCCUGCGCUGUUUGCCUGGGAGGAACAUAAGGAGAUGGGGGAGUUGGUCGCGAGGAAGUUUGAAAAGGAGGGGGAUGUACCGAGGGCCCUGGAGCUCAUCCACACCUCAUCCUCAAUCCCCCGCACGCGCGAGCUCGCAGAACAACACGUAACAGCAGCGCUGGACGCGCUCAGCCUUCUUCCGGAGAGCGGGGCGAGGGAGGCAUUGAGAGGGUUGAGUGGGGAGGUGUUGUUGCGCUCGAGAUGA